AUGGAUUCCGAGGAGGACGCGACCCGCCGCGAGGUCGAGGUGACGCUCCUCGCCGUCGCGCCGUCCCCGACCGGCGGGGACGACGUCGAGGAGAUCCUCGGCGUGACCGACCUCGAGCGCGACCCGACGAAGCGCGAGCGACGGUGCGUGCGAUCCUCCGUCGGGCCGCAGGCGGGGAGGCGCGUUCGGCUGCGGAUCCCGCCGUCCGGCGGUCGCGUCGCGUCCGUCUCGAUCGCUCGACGAGACGUCGUCGCGCUCGUGCGCGUCGGCGACUUGAGCUUGAGAGCUGAGAUCAAGCCGCCGCUGCCGACGGAUCAUCGCGCGGACGACCCGCCGAUCGAGAGGCAGCUCGGGUCCCUGAAAGCGGACGGCGUCGCGGUCCAGCUGCGAUUCGCGCGUCGACGACGAGACGACGCGGCGGGGGAGACGGAGGCGGGCGACGACGGCGGCGCGCGUUCGACGACGACGACGACGACGACGACCACGUUCGAGUACGAGAUCAUCGACGGCGCGUUCACCGCGGACGAGCUCACGAUGGAAGGCAUCGACGCCCUCCACGCCGCGGGGGAGGUCGCCGCGACGAGCGCGAGGGACGCCGCGGCGCUCCCGCAGCCGACGGCGCGAACGGCGCGCUCCGAGGAGAUUUGGCUUCCGCGAAAACUGAAACCCGACGACGAAGGAUACGACGAGAGAAACCCGGAGAAGAUCGCGUACGACCCGCGGGGUAAAGACCGCAUCGAAGAGCUUCUCUUUGAGACGCGGCAGAUGGCGGAGCGGCACGAACGCGACGGGAGGGAUUGGUGCGGCCCGUUGCGAGCGAAGAUAAACGCGAAGCUCAAAAAACUCCACGCGUUGCGAGCGCGCGCGGGGUUCAUCCGCGAGUUACGCAAACGCCUCGGGAACGCGAACGAGGUCGUCACCGAGGAGAUGGUGCGCGUCCUGAAAGCCACCGCGAUCGUGCAGCAGGUGAAGCACACCGUGGACGGGAAGGUCAGCAGCGUGGAGAAGGAAAAACAGGUAACCGACGGCGGCGAAGCGUUCUUCGACGAGCUCGGCGUGGACGUCGACGACCUCGAAGGGAAAACGUCUUCGGAGUUACUCGCGGACCUCGGGGUGACGCAGCGCGCGUGCCUGCGCGCGCAAGAGAGCGCGAACGCGAUGCACGACGAGAUAACCCAAAGAUACGAGCUGGACAGGUACGAGUCCGGCGUCGAGACGCGGGACGUGCUCGAGAACGGCGUUCGCCGAGUGGACAUGGAGGCGAUCCUCGGACGAAGGGCCGAGAAGGAAGACGUGGACAAGACGCUGGAGAUUCCACUCGUCGAGCGCAUGAAACUCGUCGGCGGGUACGACGUCGAGCAGAUGAAGCAGGACGGGACGUUCGUCGCGCUCCCGAGGCUCGCGGACGUCACCGGCGAGGAGGCGUGGGGGUUGAACAUCGACGUCGACGAGUGA